UUAUGUUUGACCCUGGAGUUUAAGCUGAGGAAGACAGAAAUGAGAGCUGCAAGGACCCUUGAACAAGGGACAGGAUCAGUGGAUUGGGUAUUUUACGAAUUAUCCAUAUAAGAGAUGCCAGAAGGACAGAUGAUGAAAAGACUAUACAAUGGAAGCCUCGUGCAUGGACUGUGCCGACGACUGCUAGCAUCAACUUCCAUAGAAGGCCUCCUGAGCACGUGUCCUGAGGCUAAGCAACUUUAUGAACAUCUGUUUAAUGCCACAAGGUCAUAUGCUCCAACUGAAUUAUUCCUACCAAAGGGUAAAUCAAAUACAAGGAAAAAAAGGCAGAAGAAAAAGGGUACACAUUGGUCAAGUAACAGUGGGGGAACCACCUCAGAUGCUGGGGGCUGGUACAAGGGGAGCAAUCGCUUUGGCCUGUUAAUGGUGGAAAACUUGGAGGAACACAUUGAGGCCUCUGAGCCCGAAUAAGCUCCAUCUUCAUCAAACUAGAUGUAUAAUUCUUACUGAAAUUUUUCUUAGUCUUCCUUACAUUAAUAAUUUUUAA